GCUGGCCAGUCAGCGCGCGCGCAGAUCGAUAGCAUCUGCAAUCGUCAGCCCCGCGAGGAGCGCCGAGUCAUCGAUGGCUGUCAUGUCUGCAGACUGGUGAAUUGGUUACCCUCCAACCGCCAACAUGUCUGAGGUUGACGCCGCUGCGGACAUCCUAACAGAGGUCACCCUGGAUGACCCGGUGCCCAGCGAUGUGGCCCCUAAUGAGAGCCGUCUGGUCACUAUCGGGGCCACUGUGCCUACGGGGUUCGAAUUCACGGCAGCAGCGGAAGUGGAGGAGAAGCUGGGCUGCCAGUGUAAGAUCAGCAAAGAUCGGGGCAAGAUCUACUUCCAGAUCGGGAUGGACGGCCUGGCCCAGGUUCAUCUUCUGAGGUCGGUGGACAAUCUGUUUGUUAUCGUUCAGGAAUUUUCGGAUUUCCCCUUCAAGGACUCGAAGGAAGCUGCUCUGGAGGAUCUGAAGGAACUGGCCUCAAAGCUGCCCUGGGAGAAAGCCUUGAGGACCUGGGAUCUGAACAACAACCUAAAAAAGAAGAAAAGGAAAAAAAAAAACGGCAAAGAGCGGAAGCCGCAAAUGGCGCCCCCUGCUGCUGAUGCACCAGAGGAGGACGCGAAGACUGAUAAAGAGAUGGUGGUGCCACCUGCAGCACAGGAGGAGUCCAGCAGCUUAGACCAACAGGUGGAUAGCUCAGAGGCUUCAGCUGAAGAUCUCAGUCCUGAGGCCUCCUUAGAAGACAGCGUGGCAGGCGGAGGUGAGGAUAGCGCCAGCGCAGGCACCGGCAACGUCUUGAAAUUCCGCGUCACCUGUAACCGAGCCGGAGACAAGCACAGCUUUACGUCCAACGAUGCCGCCAGGGAUUUCGGUGGAGCCGUACAGGAUCACUUCCAGUGGAAGGCCGACAUGACCAACUUUGAUGUGGAGGUUCUCCUGAACAUCAGUUUUAAUGAGAUGUUGGUGGGAAUCGCACUGACGGAGGAGAGCCUGCACCGGAGAAACAUCACGCACUUCGGGCCCACCACGCUGCGCUCCACGCUGGCCUAUGGCAUGCUCAGACUGUGCGACCUGGAGCCGUCGGAUAUUAUAGUCGAUCCAAUGUGUGGGACGGGAGCCAUCCCUAUAGAGGGUGUGAAUGAGUGGCCCGCCUGUUUCUUCGUCGCCGGUGACAACUGCCGCAACGCAGUAAAAAGGGCGGCUAGCAACAUCUGUUCCCUGCAGAAGAAAAGCGCCACCCAGGGGCUGCCAAUAGAUACUGCACAGUGGGACAUCUCCAGACUGCCACUGAGGACGGGAAGUGUGGACGUCAUCAUUACAGACAUGCCUUUUGGAAAGAGAAUCGGGUCAAGGAAGAAGAACUGGGACCUGUACCCCGCCUGCCUCCAGGAGAUGAGUCGGGUGUGUCGGGCCGGCACUGGAAGAGCGGUUCUUCUGACCCAUGACAGGAAAUGCUUCAUUAAGGCUCUGGCCCGGGCGGGACACCUGUGGAGGAAGAUGCACACAGUCUGGGUUAAUAUCGGAGGACUCCACGCCGGCGUUUACCUCCUCAAGAGAACCGCCCUCGAUGUGGCCGACUCGUCCAAUGAGAGGCUGGAGGAGAACCACCCCCUGAGCCCCGCCCAGUCGCCGGCCAAAGAGGAUUGAUGCCUCCCUCCCCCCCGCACUCUCCGACAAGCGGGCCUCAAUAAGCACUGAAAUCGUUCAACUGCACUUGGCACAUGCUACUGGGCGAUUGUCCCCCGAUGCCAGGGUGACACCACGUUACUACUCCGUUCAUUACGGUGCCACCCAGCUUUAUACUGUAGGAUCCCGGUGAGCGUAGUAGCAGCAAUAUUGAGAAUUAACGUGUGCAGCCAAAACUUUUUUUUUCACUUUUUUGUAGAUAGUAGGGAUUGGUUAAAACCACAAUUUUCUGUGUCCCGUAGGGGUGAUUUUACCUCACUUCCUGUUUCAGGGGUGCAGCAGGAGGCUUUCUCUCCAAAUCUAAAUCUGCUAGUCCGUCCAACACCCUCCCCCCCCCCCCCUUAGACUGACAAUGCUUCUGUCCAGGUACCCCCUGUGCUCCUUCAUGCAGAGUGGGUGCGCUCUUCUUAAAUACGGGAGGUGUGUUACUGGCCAGAUCACCAGGUGAAAACGG